GGCGGCGGCGGCGGCUCCCGAGCAAGAUGGCGGCGCGAGUGCUGCGCGCGCGCGCGGCGGCGGGGGCCGGGGGCCUGCUGCGGGCCGCGCCCUGCGGGCUCCGGAGAUUGACGUCUUCUAAUAACAGACCUCGAGAAGACAGCUGGUUGAAAUCCUUGUUUGUCCGGAAAGUUGAUCCAAGAAAAGAUGCUCACUCUAACCUCCUAGCCAAAAAGGAAACCAGCAGUCUGUACAAAUUACAGUUUCACAAUGUUAAACCGGAAUGCCUGGAAGCAUACAACAAAAUUUGCCAAGAGGUGCUGCCAAAGAUUCACGAAGAUGCACACUACCCCUGCGCACUGGUGGGCACCUGGAACACGUGGUACGGGGAGCAGGAUCAAGCUGUCCACCUCUGGAGGUAUGAAGGUGGCUACCCAGCCCUCACGGAGGUCAUGAAUAAACUCAGAGAAAAUCAGGAAUUCGUGAACUUCCGAAAGGCAAGGAGUGACAUGCUGCUCUCUAGGAAGAAUCAGCUGCUGCUGGAGUUCAGCUUCUGGAACGAGCCUGUCCCGCGGCCCGGGCCUAACAUCUAUGAGCUCAGAUCCUACCAGCUCCGGCCAGGAACCAUGAUUGAGUGGGGGAAUUACUGGGCUCGGGCCAUCCGCUUCAGACAGGACAGCAACGAGGCAGUGGGUGGGUUCUUCUCGCAGAUUGGGCAGCUGUACAUGGUGCACCACCUUUGGGCUUACAAGGAUCUUCAGACCAGGGAAGAUAUACGGAACGCAGCCUGGCACAAACACGGCUGGGAAGAGCUGGUGUACUACACAGUCCCUCUCAUUCAGGAAAUGGAAUCCAGAAUCAUGAUCCCACUGAAGACCUCACCCCUGCAGUAGAGCAGAGAAUCUGGGGUGCCUGCGCAAGUCACAGGACAGGACUGUCGUAGAUUAACCGUGCGCUGACGAGAGAGAAACACUGACGUGUACGCUGCUGUACAUAGCUCCUGAGAGACCUCCUCUUUAAAUCCACACCAUCGUGAACAAGACCACUGCCUCUGACUGGCCAGCAGUGCUGUUCUGUGCCCGUCAAACCCGCCCGAGGAUACUGGCCGCCUCCCUCACCCUCCAGGAGCCAGUCCAGAUUAAAAUCUGAAUCAUCUCUGAAUAAGAUCCCAACCAUGAAAACACCCAGCCAUUGCUUUCUAAACAGCAAAUCUGGUUUAUGAUCACAGAUUUUGGCAAAUUUCUUGUAUCAGGAAGAAAUACAGAUUUCGUCACGUUUCGGAGCAUUUUUUCUGAGUCUCAAACUAGGAACAAAUGAUGAGUGUCCUCGACACUGAAGAUGCCACUCACCCUCACGUUGAAUGGGCACAGUCAGCAGUGUGAGCACCGAGCUGAGGGCCGGGGCUUCCUUGGCAGCUCAGUCUCACAUAGGGUGUGGUGAUGUCUGUGGGGCGUGGCUUGACCUCUGUCAUGACCUUGAAAUGAACACCUCGAAUAGCACUAAUUUUUAUUUGUAAUAUUUUUCUAUAAAACAAGCAGCACUUGGAAAAGAGGUUUUAUUUUGUGAACAAUCACUUGUGACCUGAGACGCUGGGUUGGUGUUUCAGUAAGUUCACAGCAGGACUUCCAAGGCCCAGGGGGAAGGCCCUACCAAGGUUUGAAUCAGCGUCUAGCUCACACUUCGUCCUGCCUGUUUGGUUCAGUUUUUAAAAUAGUGUGCCAAUUUUGUGACUGUAAUCAUGUGAAAGUCCUGUUGAACUGAAAAAUCAUGUCUUCCCCACAAAUUAAGGAAUUUAUGUAUAAAACAAAGUGUGAAUAAAUCUCAUCCAAUGUCAAACUUUUACAUGUCAAUGGUUUUCUCCAAGAACAUAUAAAAGUCAAUAAAAUCCUCUUAGUUUUCUCAUA